AUGGCGGCGGUUUCCAAGGGCGGCGUCCGAGUGCCCGCGCUUCUCCUCGUGGCCCUCACCGCUACUGCGCUGCUACUCUUCUUCCUCCUCCCUGCCCUCUCCCCCGGGCGCAGCGCCACCUCGACCACCGGCAUUGCCUGUCCUGCUUCUUCCCCGGUCGGCACCACCGUCGCCUCCUCCGCCGCCGGCAGAUCUCCAGAUCCAGUGACGGUGACGAAGGAAGAUGUGUCGUGGCUCCGAUCCCAGCUCGAUCUGAAUCGUCUCGGCGAGCCGCCCUCUACUGCCGACCAGUGGCACGCCCUCCGCAAGGGCAUAAACCCUCGCACCCGCGCUCAACAGCUCGAGGAUUUCCGCCGGUUAAUCACCCGAUCCCCAUCCCCCCUGUUUUUCUGCAACAUGUUCCGUCUGCGUCGUUUGGAUCUGUGUGACACAGUGUAGCGUGCAGGUACAAGGGAAUCUCCCACUACGAGGGGGCCGACGCCGAUAAUCACACGACACUUUCAUGCCCCGGGGAGCUCCUGGUGGAGGAGCAUCACAGCAAUUACGGGGAGCCUUGGGCCGGCGGCCGCGACGUAUUCGAGUUCCUGGCCGGCGCCAGUGGUCUUCAGCCGUCCGACCUCGUCCUUGAGAUCGGCUGCGGCACCCUCCGCGUGGGUCUCCAUUUCAUCCGCUAUCUUGAUACCAGUCGCUUCCACUGCCUCGAACGCGAUGAACUCUCCCUGAUGGCCGCCUUCCGCUACGAGCUCCCUUCCCAGGGGCUCCUCCACAAACGGCCCCUCAUAGUGAGGGGUGAGGACAUGGAUUUCGACAAAUUCGGUUUGCCCGAUGGGGACCAGUAUGAUCUAAUCUACGCCAGCGCCGUUUUCCUCCACAUGCCCGACCAGCUGGUGUGGGUGGGGCUGGAGAGAUUGGCAGGAAGGCUGAAGCCUGGUAAAGGGAGGAUUUUCGUGUCACAUAAUAUUAAGUUCUGCUCGAGACUAGGAUCACAGGAGUGUGAACGGCGGCUGGGAAAUCUGGGGAUGGAGUAUGUUGGGAAGCGAAUGCAUGAUAGCCUUCUGUUCAACCAUUAUGAGAUCUGGUUUGAGUUCCGGAGGCCCAAGGCUUAG